AUGCUAUUUCUACUGGAGAGAAUUCCACAAGAUGUACAGAUCCUGACAGUAGAGAUAAUUACAGAAUAAUCCAUGUUUUUGAAUAUGUUGAUGAUCUAUUCAUGUUUAUGGAAGAAGCCAAACUGCAGAACAUGAUGACACCCAUGCUCUUGGAACUACAGCCUUGUUAA